UGAGGAGGAGGAGGAGGCGAUGGACGAAUAGAAGGAGGAGGAGGACGAGGAGGGGGAGGAGGAGGAGGAGGAGAGAGGAGGAGAAUAAGGCUACGAGGAGGAGGACGAGGAAGAGGAGGAGGAACCGAAGGGGAUGGAGGAGGCGAUGGAGGAGGAGGAGUAGGAAAUGGAGAAGGAGGCUUUGGAGGAUGCGGCUAUGGAGGAGGAGGUUGAGGAGGACGAGGCUAUGGAGGAGGAGGAGGAGAGGAGGGCGAGGCCGAGGAGGAGGAGGAGAGGAGGGCGAGGCCGAGGAGGAGGAGGAGGAGGAGAGCAAGGAGGAUUAGGACACGGAGGACGAGGAUAUGGCGAGGGACGAAGAGGAGGAGGAGGAGAUGGAGGAGGAGGAGGAGGAGGAGGCAAUGGGGGAGGCGGUGGAGGAGGAGGCUAUGGAGGAGGCGAUGGAGGAGACUAUGGAGGAGGCGGCGAUGGAGGAGGGUAGGAAAUCAGAGGAGUACGAGAUGGAAGAGGCGAUGGAGGUGGAGGCUAUGGAGAAGGAGGAGGCUAUAGAGGAGGGGUAUAGGAAAUCGGAGGAGUACGAGAUGGAGGAGGCGAUGGAGGACAAGGAGUGGUGGAGAAGAGAUGCAAUGGAUCAAUCAAUCAAUCAAUCAAUCAAACAAUC